AUGGUGCUCCCGCUGGUCCUCGUGGUCCUCGAAGCGGCGGUUUCGGUGGCGACCGAGGCAGCGGUGGCUACGGAGGCGAUCGUGGUGGUGGACGGUACGACGAUAGACGUGGCGGGGGCAACGACCGAGGAUCCAGCGGUGCUAACAAUGAACCGCUCGGCAGCAGGGAUCGAUACCGCGACCGUGAUGGUGGAUAUGGUGGAGGCCGAGACGAUGGCUCACGAAAGCGCGCGUACGAUGGCGACAACUACGACGACCCACGAACACGACGAAGGUACUAAGCUCGACUUACGGCUAAGCCAUGUUGUGCAAUGGUUUGUCAAAAAGGUUACCUCCCUUUUCUUCGCCCCAGCCUUUCUCGUCAACGAGGGUAAGAUCGACUCUGUUCAGCUCUUGACGUUUCGACUCUACAGCACAGCGCAGUAUAGGAGGGUAAGGAGCACGCAACACCACGAACAACACUCCUAG